AUGAACAGGUAUACUACCGGCAAGUAUAUCAAAUCAGAGGAAGCGCUCUACGGGGUGCUACACAAGAAACACCCUGACAUCGCGCGGGCAAGCUUCGAAAUCACAGCAAACCUUGCACUUACUGUCAACUUUGAGAGCAAAAUGCCCUUUCAAGAUGCGUACAAAGACAUUUCAGACCUUCACUACAUCGAGACAAGGCUAGCUACAAUUCGUCCUAUAUUUGGCGCGCAGCUGAAACUCGUGUGUCAACUAGGCACCCUGAACGAACAAUACCUCCAGCGAGGUCAGGUCUCGGAAGAGGCAUGCUCGGAGAUGAGGGGUAUCCUUGGUAACCUGCGCCGGCGACUUGAAGCAUAUGAGACCAACGUAGCAUUCGUUUUAGAGAAGAUACGAAGCACUACCCAACUUGUAUCGGACACCAUCAGUCUAAAGAGCCAGCACACAACGGAGAAGGUGUCAGAUCAGAUGCUGAUACUGAACAAAUCAGCAGCCGAGGAUAGCACAUCGAUGCGAGUAAUCACCCUCGUCACGCUUGUAUAUCUCCCGUCUACUUUCGUGGCUACAUUCUUUGGAAUGGGAUUUUUUGCCUCGAGAGACGAUGCUGAAGUGUAUUGGACCUCUUCGCCCUACGUGUGGCUGUUCUUCGGAUUAGCGAUACCGCUAACUCUACUGACGCUUGGGUACUGGAGGUGGAGUCUCGGUCGUGCUGUGCGCUCAAAGGCGGUACAGGAUCUGGCAAAGUCGACUGCGUAA